ACAGUUGCAAGAGCUUACUUCAUCACUUCCGCUGGCAAACAAAUUUUAAUUAAUUUUAAAUAAAACCCACAAAAUAUCAACGAAAAUGGAAGUAGAAGAAGAAGACACAACGAAGAAAUUUCACAAUAAGAAGAAGAAGAAGUCUUCUCAAUCCCAUUCACCACUUAACAAUCUCAACCUCGAGAUGUCUUCAAAAUCAUCGCUUCACUCAAUACCACCACAAGCAACGGUUGAUUCACCUCCUGAUUCACCUACUGUAUCUUCAAUCCCCGAUAGCCAUGGAUCUUCACCUCACACGAUUGUUCCGACUCCUUCCGUAGCGACUAAGACGGAGACUCCUUUCAGGGUAACGAACGGAGACUUCGUUGAGGAGGAGAAGAAGGUUGGUGAGAGUAGGAGACAACUAAGGCCGAGCUUUUCUUCUUCUUCUACUCCUCGUGAAUCGAAAUGGGCAAGUUUGAUUAGGAAAGCUUUGCUUGGGUUUAGGGUUACUGCGUUUGUUUCGUGUCUCGUUUCGUUUUCGGUUAUGGUUGCUGACAGAGAUAAAGGAUGGGCUCGUGAUUCUUUCUAUAAUUACAAAGAGUUCAGGUUCUGUAUGGCUGCAAAUGUGAUUGGUUUUGUCUACUCUGGUUUUAUGAUAUGUGAUCUUGUAUACCUAUUAUCUACUAGCAUCCGAAGAUCACGACAUAACCUGCGCCAUUUCUUGGAAUUUGGUCUUGAUCAAAUGCUAGCAUAUCUUCUUGCAUCGGCUUCUACAUCAGCUUCGAUCCGUGUAGACGAUUGGCAGUCAAACUGGGGAGCAGACAAGUUCCCAGACUUGGCUAGAGCAUCUGUCGCACUGUCUUACGUCUCCUUUGUCGCAUUCGCCUUCUGCUCCUUGGCUUCCGGCUAUGCUCUCUGUGCACUCCGGUCCAUCUAAAUCAAACAAGCGCAAGCUCGAGACAAACAGUCUCAUUCUGUUGAGUCUCUUGAAGUUGUAUCCUUGACCCUAAACUCUCUUAAAGCCUAAACGAUGAGGAGGGUCCAGUUUCUGAUUUUUAAAAGAAACUUUUAUAUUAUAUGGUGGACUGGACGAUAUCUCAUCUUGUAAAAGAUGGUCGUUUACAUGAUCACUUAUAUAUCAUAGUUCUAAGAAAAGCAGUAUGAUGACAUCCUCUCCUUCAACUUUCGAA